AUGUACAGCUGUGCUGCCACACAACUGUCUCGAGGGUCAGUUGCCUGUCAGAGGAUUGGAGAUGUGGACUAUAUGGAGCCAGCAGGCAGGAUCCGCACAGCUUCAGCAAGCACUACCUCCCAGCACUGGACAGCUGAAAGGGUGAUGAGUUUAGUUCUGUUAGGUAUGGCUCCAGCCGCAUACCUGUGUCUUGGUCCAGUAGUGGACUACUCUAUAGCUGCAGCACUUACACUGCAUGGACACUGGGGUAUUGGCUAAGUACUGACAGACAUCAAGCUGGCAAAUGCUGGCAUCUUGCUGCUGUCCACAGCCACAUUCUUUGGUCUCUGCUACCUUAAUUAUCAUGAUGUUGGCUUUUGUAAGGCAGUGGUCAUGCUCUGGCAAAAAUGAAUAUUGUGUCUUUUGAAAAUGUGCAUGUCAGGGGUCUGAAUAAUCAUUGUAACAAGAUUUGUUUUUGCCUUUUUUUGCAAAGUGACUGACAUACUUUACACAGCAUGAUUGAUUUCUUCAGGAGGCUACAAGUUGAACAAACCUGAUUUUGAUAUAUUCCCCACAAAAGUCCAGCUUGCACAUUAAAACAGCAAUCACAAUAUUACUGUAGAACAUACAUAUAGUACCUACUUCACAUUCCUCUGCUGAUGGCCUGAAUUGUUGAGCAUCAGAUGACCCAGCAUUGUUGUUCAUAAUUAUAUUUUUGUAUUGACAUAUGAGAACAAAAGCACUGUCUGUGUUUAAUACUCAGCUGAAUGACUCUCUAUGGUUUGUUAGUAUAUAUUAUUUCAGGAGUUGUUAUUCAUAUUAUUGGGAAUACGUGAUUGUAGUCAAAGUGUCUGUGCUGGUCACAUCUAUUUACAUCACCUAUUCAAAUCCAGCAAAUUUACUUCAAUGUGUUUUUGUACAUUAUAGAUGACAGAAAAACAUGAAUAUUCUAUAAGAACAAACACACAGCAGAUUAUUGAACAGUGAGUAAACCAAUAAGAUCAUUCAUUCAUUCAUUUUCUUUUCAGCUUAGUCCCUUUAUUUAUCAGGGGUCACCACAGCGGAAUGAACCACCAACUUAUCCAGCAUGUUUUACACAGCAGGGACUCUCCAGUAAGAUUGUAGAGUUUUUUGUCCCCGUAUAGCUUUUAUAUGUAGUUCAUGUUGUGAUGU